CCAUUUAUUGAGACUGAUGACUUGCAUGUGGUUUGUUCAUUUUUAUUUUAAGGUGAUUGUCCGUAAAAAUCCCAGGUCCUGAGAUUGUAGAAAAUAUCUAGAGGAUAGUCUCACAUUUUCUUCUUUGUUGGUUUUUCUGGCUGUGGACAAGUUUUUAUGUUAACUUCUUUACUUAGGGAUUCCAAAACAUAUUGAUAUUUGAAUUUGGACCCCACACUUAGAUGUCUUGCAGGCUUGGGAUUUUUCUUUCUUAUAGCUGUUUUCUCUCUUCUGAGCUCACGGUUUCCACGGCCCCAAUCCAGGGUUGCCGUCCUCUUCUUAGCUAGUUGGGGUGAGGAUGGGGUUCUAGUACUUAUUCAUAGGCAGAACAGUCCAGAUGACUCCUUUGUACCUAAAGAGAUCAAACUUUCAGUUCUCCACAUGCAUGUAUUUUGACCUGGACACACAACCCUGCCGUAAGGUCUGCCUCUGUCUGGUCUAAUAUCCCAUGAGCUGGUUCAGUUUCAGCUUGUAGCCUCAACUCUGUGUCUUGGUUUCUUCAUUGUCUCUAAGCUUGGUUGUAUAUUAAGUUUUCGGGGGGUAUAUUUUAUCUAGUAUUUCUUUGUGAUUAGAGCAGAGGGACAAAAGACACUUUGCUCUCAGCAUGUUGUAUUUACCAGACUUCUGAUUAUAUUCGUAUUUAAACAUGUUUUUUUAUUUGUUCCUUUUGCAGCAAGCUAUGUGUCAAAUCCCAUUUGCAAGGGUUGCUUGUCUUGUUCAAAGGACAAUGGGUGCAGCCGAUGUCAACAGAAGCUGUUCUUCUUUCUUCGACGAGAAGGGAUGCGUCAGUAUGGAGAGUGCCUGCAUUCUUGCCCAUCAGGGUACUAUGGACACCGAGCCCCAGAUAUGAACAGAUGUGCAAGAUGCAGAAUAGAAAACUGUGAUUCUUGCUUUAGCAAAGACUUUUGUACCAAGUGCAAAGUAGGCUUUUAUUUGCAUAGAGGCCGUUGCUUUGAUGAAUGUCCAGGUGGUUUUGCACCAUUAGAUGAAACCAUGGAAUGUGUGGAAGGAUGUGAAGUUGGUCAUUGGAGCGAAUGGGGAACUUGUAGCAGAAAUAAUCGCACGUGUGGAUUUAAAUGGGGUCUGGAAACCAGAACACGGCAAAUUGUUAAAAAGCCGGCAAAAGACACGAUACCAUGCCCAACCAUUGCAGAGUCCAGGAGAUGUAAGAUGGCAGUGAGGCAUUGUCCAGGAGGGAAGAGGACACCAAAAGCAAAGGAGAAGAAGAACAAGAAGAAGAGGAAGCUGAUAGAAAGAGCCCAGGAGCAACACAGUGUCUUCCUAGCUACAGACAGAGCUAACCAGUAAAAUAAGAGACCCACUUGAUGGAUUGGGGGGGGUUGUUUUUGCAAAAGUGCACAAAGCUACUUUCCACUCCUGCACACUGGUGUGUACAGCAUUUGUGCUGUUUUCAUGCAGUCUCUGUUCCCAGUGACAUUGUGAAAGGAAGAGCCACUAGCAUGGUCUCUGUGUUAUUUAUAUGUUAAUUUGGAUCUGGGGUCCGUGGAGUCAGGAGCUGGUUGACCUGAGUCAGUGGAAUCACGUGUCAGUGCACAGCAUGUGACUUGGUUCCGUGUCUGCUAAGAGAACCUGUCCCUGGCAGCCGUGGAGAGGCAAGAGGUGUGAGACUGCAGACCACCCUUGGCGAAUGGACUUGUCCAUAUUUAUGUGAAAGAAGAUGCUCGGUAGACAAAGCUCUGUUUCACUUGUGACCUUUAUUUCCUCACAUUGUGCGUUUUCAAGGAUAAAUAUACGUAGAUCUCUGCUUAGCGUUACCACAUGUUCUCAGCAUCUAUUACCUUCAAUCCAUUGUGCGAUGAAACUGCCUUUAGCUGGUGAUAGCCUGUAGCAAUCCCUGCUCAAUUUCACAGCAGUUCUCAUGUGUACAUACUCUGCUGGGGCUACAUAUAAAUGUCUUAUUUACUGUAUAUUUAUGCUUUCUUAUGUGUAACAAGUCAUAUCUGGUUAACAUUAUAUCACUUUGUUUCUAGUGGUGCCUAACCAUUGUUCAGUAAGUAACUGUUCUAGUUUUAUUAACUGACAAAUGUUUUGUUGCCCCUUGAACCUUUUUUGUUUUUUGGGGGGUGGGUUUAUUUCUUACUGUAAGGAUAGGAUAAGCUAGUUUGUAUAUAUAGUCAAAUGACCAGUGUCAAAGAGUUAGAAUAUCUGAAGCCCUUCCCCACUCUCCAUUUCCCCGACAGAUAAGGCAGCAUGUGGCACCCGUCAGCCACAAGCCAAAACUCCUUUUGAAUCUAAGAUGUGAUGACUUUAUGAGAUACAGCUGAAAUGUUGUGUGGGUUUACAUGCAGUCACUUGUAGUACUCAGCAUGCAAUUUCCCUGGUCCCCUGGAGAAUUUUUCUGGCUUUAUUUCUGACUUUAAUUCUUUUUUUUAAAUUUAAACAGUCCCUGACUUGCAAGGAUAGGGUUUCUAUCAAUAUUCUUGCGUCACUGUAGAAGUUACCAUCAUGAGACCAUGAAUAGAAUUUGAGGAGCAAACAAGCUGAAUUCCUACAACGCCUUGUCAGAUUUUAACAGGUCUCUAUUGAAUCUGUUUCAUAUCCAAGAUGGAGAGAAAGACAAUAUGGAGACUCCCCAGGUGCCUUUGAGAGCAGUUGUUUGAAAACCUUGAUUCACUUGGGGUAACUGGUUCUUAAGAGGAUUGUGAAAUGGCUUCAUACUUUGGUAAGAGUCAUUAUCUUCCUCUUUGAUACAAGAGAAAAUUAGAAUGAAAAGGAAAUGGUUGCAGAUUUUGAGGAAAAAAACCAAAGCAAGGUAAAGCCUUUUUCUCACCUUGCACUGGAAAAACUACCUCUUCAGCAUUUCUGUUUAACUUUUGAGUCAAAAGCAUCUUACCAAUAAGUAUAAAUGUCAUAUACAUCGCUAUGAAAUAUUAUUGCUAUGAGAUAAUAAGCCAUAUAUGAAUGUUGUAUACAACUUUAGGGUUUGCGCUUAAUCCUAAAGUGUUCACCUCCUUUCACGUCUGUUUACACUAUAUUCCUGUUACUGAAGGGUGAGGGGUCUCCUUUAUAUAGUGCUUCAUCACUAAUAUCUGUUCUGUUUCUGGGUUGUUCUUUUUGUGCAUUAAAAACACUUCAAAGCUAUUUUUUGUGGGAAUUUUCUUUAGAGAAAUUAAUUUAGAAAAUAAGGCAAUGCCUUAUAUUUUACUUUUAAACUAAAAUAGUUUAAUAUUGGGAAGUAGAUGUGAAAUAAGACUUUUGGGAAUCUGUUAAUAAAAGUAUGUUUUGUCAACUCUGCUUCCAAAUAAUAAAACUUAAAAAAAAAAAAAAGCAAGCAGACAAUUUAAAAAGCCUA